GAAUGGGCAGGAAAGGGGGAAAACCUUGGGCAAACUUCGGAAUGCCUGGGUAACAUCCUUCUAUACUCCAGCCAGCUUGCUAAUCAACGAAUAAAAGUGAUUGCUAGCCGCCAAAUUUCUCUCGACGGAGAGCUCUAAACACGAGCGGUUGAGCAUUAAAGGAAAUUGUAUGCUUUAUAUGUCUGUCCUUUCCCGAACCAACCUUAUGUUGCAUUCCCCCACCCGCCCCAAGAAGAAGCCCCUUUUUGAAACGGCUAAUGUGCUAGCCAACUUGGCCCAUUAGCUGCAGUUGGAUCGUGGAAGGUCUUGGCGGCGCCAUUUUGAAUCUACUACCGCAGAUUACAUUUUUUCGGCCACCGCCUAUAUCUUUGCUUUUCAUCGAGCGUCUUUGAGGCGAUGAAAGGAGACCCCCCAAGAGAGAGCAUCCAGUAUUUAUUUUUUUCAUCUCAGAAGAAGAAGCAGUUUGUGAAAGAUCACGAUGUCCUUUGUCCGAGAAUGGCAGACCGGCUCCAUAUGAAGGCCUUUUUUUUUCAAGCGGUGUGGUGGAUGGAUCCGAGGACUUCACCCCACCUUUUCAUAAAAGUGUCCUCCUGGUAGUUAAAUAAUCACCGGCCCAUGUUUGCGUGCGUCUCUGAACGUACCAGACGAAGCCCAAGUCAAAAUGGCGUGGUCUCAAAAUGGACGCUCGGCUAAAGCUACGCUUCUGUAAACGCCGUAGCUACGCUAGUUUUCUAUUCCAUCUACAUUCAUCAUGGACAUUUGCCCCCACUUCAAUUAAAGCCACUUCCUUUGGCUCAAAUGAACUUUUGAUCGGCCAAGAAUGCUUGUUCAUCGCGGGAGGCAAGGCUGUUUCAGCAGGAGACAAAGAAGAUCAGGAUCAUUUCUGGAGAGCCUGUGGUGGAGGAAGCAGUGGGCUGCAUUUGCUGUUAGUCUGGCCCAAACAACUUCCGGAUAAAUGGCAACACGACAUGUUCGACAACGGCUACAGUGGAUUCAACGGCGCAGCAGGUGGCGGCGCUGGUGUCGAAACCGGAGGGAAACUUCUAGUCUCCAAUCUCGAUUUUGGGGUUUCUGAUGCCGAUAUUCAGGAACUUUUUGCUGAAUUUGGCACACUGAAAAAGGCUGCAGUCCAUUAUGAUCGUUCGGGAAGAAGCUUAGGGACUGCAGAUGUUCACUUUGAAAGAAGGGCAGAUGCGCUCAAAGCCAUGAAACAGUACAAUGGCAUCCCGCUAGAUGGGAGGCCCAUGAACAUUCAACUAGUCACAUCACAGAUUGAUACUCAAAGGCGGCCAAUGCAGGGUAUGAACAGAGGCGGUGGCAUGAACAGGGGCCGCGGGGGCAACUUCGGCGGCAUGCAGAGAGGAGGCCGCAUUGGAGGUCGUGGCAACUUCAGAGGACGGGGUCGAGGAGGCCGAGGCGGUAGCAAGCAGCCGAUAUCAGCAGAAGAACUUGACGCCCAGUUAGACGCCUACAAUGCAAGAAUGGACACCAGCUAAGAAGUGUUGCAGUUCUCCUUGGUCAUCCUUUCUUGUUCUGCACAGAAGGAUGCUUGUUACGAUAGUGCGAAUUGUUUUACACAUGGUUGUCCUGAUGUGUUUGGUCGUCGCUCCAGCUUCUUAACUGCUCUGAAGUGUUUUUUACCAUUCUUUUUCUUUUCUUUUUGACAAAAGUGAUUUUUGUCUGUAGGUUAAAAGUUGGAAUUUCCAAGUUCAUUCCUUAAAACUUGUAGUAAAUGAAACUUAUAAUAAAACCUGCGGUGUAUAUUAAUCAA